UCCGCUUUCCGGCCCGCCCCUCUGUCUCCGCCAACUCUAUCAUUCCUGAACGCAAGGCUGAGAGGAGGAUGGGAGUGAGCUGGAGGCUCUUUUCGCCUGUGUAGUCUCCCCGGAGCCGGUUGCCGGACCGCUCCUACUACCGCGGAGCCUCCCUCCGGGCGUCUAUGGUCCACUUAAAGGGGCCGCUCGGCUUUCCAAGCUGCGGGUCCCGAAAUGCUGCUGACGGUGAAGGCUCUCCAGGGCCGGGAAUGCAGCCUCCAGGUCUCACCAGAAGAACGCAUCUCCUCUCUCAAACGCCUUGUAUCAGAGAAGCUGAAUGUCCCAGUAUCCCAACAGCGUCUGCUUUUCAAAGGCAAAGCUCUGGCUGAUGAACACCGUUUGUCUGAUUAUUCUAUUGGACCAGAAUCAAAGCUCAAUCUUGUAAUCAAGCCACCAGAGAAGGCAUCACCAGAAGAAUCCAGCCGUAGAGCUGGCUUCCCACAGAAUCCCGCUAUCUGGCAUGCAGUUGCCCAAGUCCUGGGCAGGCAUUUCAGUGGGGCAGAUGCUGAGAAGGUGUUGGAGCAACUGCAGAAGGAUUAUGAGCGAAGCCUCAGACUGCUGAGCUUGGAUGACAUUGAGCGCCUAGCCACUCGUUUGCUUCACCCCGAGGUCGCUGAGGCAGUAGAAAUGGGCUUUCUGGAUUAGGUGCCGAUUUGGGCACCUUAGUCCUGUCUUCCUCUUUGGACAGAGAACCCCGGGGCAGGGCCCAGUAUGGGGCAUGGGAACAUUCCCUCUGAACUGCUGUUGAAGGGGCCUAGAGCACCUGUAACUCCUCCCCGUCCAUUAAAGGUGGUGGGUGAAUAUUGGUCCGCUCUGUCUGUGUGUUCAGCUCAAGUGGAGGAAUAAUGAUUACAGGGAGGGGUUGUUUGCCCAGGAUGGAAACAUGCUACCUUUGGGGUUGGUGGUAGCUGUGUUUAUUCAUGUAUUUCUUAUGUCCACCAAAGCUCCAAUUUCUCUUCAGAUUGUAUAAAUAUAUCACCAAGAUUUGGUUGCUUCCGUUGAAUUAUAUCCACUGAUUUAGUCCAUCACCAAAAUGAAGAUCUUCAGACAUUACAGAUGAAAAAUCAAAUUUGAAUAAUACACAUUUAAAAUAUAAACAUUGGAAAUCUUAGUCCUGAUAAUCUCUGGUCUGAGAGCAUUAACCUCAGGAAUAUAAUAGCUUGUUCAGAGACCCAAGUUUUAGAUUUUAUCCAAUAUGUUAGUUUGUUUUUUAUUACAAUCUGUAUGCAAAUGUUUAAAAAUAUAGACAGCUGGAGCUGCAUAUGCUGUGAUUGUAUAGUACAGUCAGCCUUCUACAUUUGCUGGUUAGGGGCACAGGACCCUUCCCAAAAAUGGAGGAAUAUGCAAAUAACAUUUUUAAUGUGAGAAAAUUCCUCUAGGAAUUACUGGGCUCUCCAGCACAACUCUACAGUCAGUGUUAAUCAAAUCUGUGAAUAAACCCACAAAAGCCAAACCUGAAAAUGUGGAGGGCUGGCUGUAUUUACCAAUUUAUUCCAAAAUCGGAUUUAAUUAACUUCUUUGACUCCAGUGGGAAAAGAUAAAAUGAAGGUUGCAUCAUGCAUAACUGCUGCUACAUAUUUUUUUUAACUCUUCUUCCAGGUUGAAAUUAGUUUGAAUGCCGCGACUGUUCUGUGGAUGUAAUUGUGGUACUGUAGCUCCCCUCCUGUGGAAAUGUGAAUUUGUCAGUCAGCACAUAAUAUUCAACAUUAGUAGACCAAUAGUUUUUGACCAUAAUCAAGGCCUGCCUAACCUUGAAUGCAGUUCUAAUCUUCAAGUCUUGUGUCCCUUUCCAAGAAGAUACAAAUUAUUUUGAUGGGUGUGCUGAACAGCUUGUGAAAAACGCACAAGAGAUACUUUCCCACCUAUAUACAUGGAGCAUUUAGAUAGUGUGGAAGGUCUUCCAUUUAUAGGACAUACAAACAGUCUCCAAAUAGUCUUGUUGUGUUGCUGCGUGCCUUCAAGUUGUUUCUGCCUCAUGGUGAUCCUAAGGUGACAAUGAGUUGGAAACUUAGGGGCUUCUUGGCAAGUAUUGUUCAGAGGAGGUUUGAUUUUGUCCUCCUCUGGAGUGCAACUUGCCCAAGGUCAUCCAUUGGAUUCCCAUGUUUGAAUGGGGGUUCGAAUCUGUGUCUUCCUCACCCAACACUUAAAUCACAGGCUUAUCUAGCCUCUAAUAGAUGUGAGAGCUUCUAGCAGGCAAUAGUUAGUAGUGGGUUAUAUAGCAUUUGGGGAAGAUAUCCGGGCAUCUACUCAGAAGCUCUUGGAUUCAUGCAACUGAAAAGGACCAAAUGGCAUCUCAGUAUGUUUUGUGCAACAAAGUACAUGUGGAGAUGCUUGUGGUGUUUGUUGCCUCAAGUGCCAAGAUGGCCUUGGGAUACUAGGCAUCUUCAUGGGGGUGGAUGAUGCACCGCCUCAGGCAACCAAAUCUCUUGGGAUGGCUUUGCCAAGAAUCGUUAGGUAGCAGCAGUCUCGGGCUGGGGCAGUAGGAGAAUUUUGUGGGGAGGAGGAGCAAGAAGAAAAUCCUAUGAGGUUCCUCAUCACUCUGUGAGCUUGCAACGAUUUUGAACAGGAAUUGUAUUUCUCAAUUGAAGAGCCAGCAAGAUUAGUUCGAACUUCUAGUAUCCUUCCCUGAUGUCAGGUGGAGUGUCCUUUAAACCCUAUCUCCCCAGUGCACACAGUAAUAUCUUAGUAAUCAGUUUCUGUCCUUUUGAGACAGUGCCUUUUCCUUAUCUGUGCCGGCUGCUCAGGUGAACUUGUGGUGUUUUGCCUUAUGCACACGAAUUUGUAUUUGAGGUGCAUGAGGAGAGAAGUCUUCUCAGGGCAUCUUUAUAGUUUUUGCAUUUACUCAUACAGGAGCAGGAAUUCCAGAACUUUUUGUACUAGGUUUGGAGUGAAACUGCUCAUGUUUUAUAGUAAAGGCAGAGGAAACUCAGAGCUUCCACUGCAGCCCAGUUUUUGCACCCAAGCAGCGAGUUAUCUAUUCCCAACCAUGUUUUCCCCCUAUGUUUUCCUUUAUAGAUAAGACAAACAGCUGCGCAACCUUGAGUGGAUGUGCUUGUUUUGUGUCCCAUCUGCAGAUCUGUGUUGCUGGGCUUCACCUGCCAUGCAGGGAUGAAAAUGCAUUGCAUUUGCUCAAGAGGGACACUUCCUGAUUUACUUGUUGGAAGGCAGAAGCAGUCACAACAAAAUUCUAGACCAUGCUUGAGAAUUAUUGGACCUCCAGUUGUCUUUGACUGCAGAUCCCAUAAUGUUGCUAUUUCCAUGCUACAUGCAGUCUAUCAGAGUUGAAGGUGAAAACAUCUCACAGUUAAUGACUAUUUUAGACUGAGACUUAUAACUCAAGCUCAAACAUCUUGGUACAACAAUUCAGCAAUACAUCUGAAUUGGGAGAAUAUUCCUUUAGAUCAGGCCUGCACAACCGGCGGCCCUCCAGCUGUUUUGGCCUCCAACUCCCAAAAUUCCUGGCUAUUGGACAAGCUGGCUGUUGGAGGCCAAAACAGCUGGAGGGCUAUGCAUUGUGCAGGCCUGAUCUAGAUACUGGGGGCUGAAGGUGGGAAAUCAUCCCAAUUAGAGGGGAUUUAAAAAAUUGGAUUUUCUUAUGAGAUGACUGAUUGAUUCAAUGGGUCUCUUCAAAUUGGGACUGAUCAACAGUAUUACCAAUGUCUGUUUUAGGAAGGAAGAAUAUAUAUAUAAUUCAAUCCAGGAAGUGAACUGGGGAAGAAAAUAGUUAUGUCUUGAUAACUUAUCUAUAGAAAUUUGUCAUGGGGGUGAGAAUGAGCCUUUGUAUUCAGGGAAAGAAUAUAUUGGAAUAUCAGUUGUUCUGGGAUAACAAGGGAGAUGUGCUAUGGCUAUUGUGCACUAUUUGAAGGCUGCCUGGAAGUGUCUUGUUGGUUACUGCUGGAAACCUUCCUGGGUUAGACUGAUCUAUUGGCAUGUUCUUGUGAAUUGAUGCUUGAAUUAAAUGCCUCUUUUGGGGAGUGGAGGUAGAUAUGUCUAUUUCCUUUCUUGAGCAAGGUCUACAUCUCAAAAUUGGACUACUGCAGUAUACUUUAUACGAUUUCCAUGGUUUUCAGGCCACAUCUGAUACUCAGUUGUUGCCUCAAUGCCCAGAGUGCAGAGGCACAAGCAGAAGGUCAGAAAGUAUCAUGCCUGUAUCAAGUAUGGCUUCGGUCCCAGUUUGAUAUGGAUCUUUCUACAGUUGUUCUUAUGGGACUACUAUUUUUGAAACUUUUCCACAUGUCACUUUUUGCAUUUUAUAUUUUACUUCUCCACAUAUUUUUCUCAUUUUGUGUUGCUUAGCAAAAGCCAAUUAUAAAUGCUAAAUACUUGGAAAGGAGAACAGAAGAACAAUAAACAUUUGCACGCCUCA